UACUUAUUCUUGUCUGUUUUACGGUGGUCAGGGCACAAAGGUAACUAGCUGUAACUUGCAUUAUCUAAACAUGUCUAAAAUACAGUUGUUGAGGGUGUUUCUCAACGAGCGAUUAGCAGUUGCUGUUGAUGAGAUCUUCGGGGCAGUUGAAAAAACAAUAACUGAGUACCAGGAAGAAGUUUCCCGUUCAAAGGAUGAAAACGAUCGUCUGCAAAGGCUGCUUGAAAUCGCCCUUAAACCAGAGUUAAAGCUGCACAGAGCAGACCUCCAGCAGCUCACUUUCCGUGUGUCUGAAGAGGAGGUUCACCCUGAUCAGCAGAAGUGUGUGCAGGAGUGGAGCCCCAGUCUGGGACAGGAGGACCCAGAGUUUACACAGAUUAAAGAGGAGCAGGAGGAACCCAGAACCAGUCAAUGGGAAGAGCAGCUUCAAGGGCUAGAAUAUGAUACCAAAGACUCCAUAUUCAUUCCUGCUUGUGUAAAAGGUGACUGUGAAGAGAACCCAACUCUGCACUCAUAUCUUUGUCAUGGUCAAAAUGAAGUUAACGGAGAGAGAGUCUCUCUACCCAGCACCUCAACUAAACCGAUCAAUACCGAACACUAUGAAGAGGAUUACCUGGUAUCAGAACUAACCAGUGACUCUCAUACUCUUGCUGCAGUAGACUGUUCUGCAGUUCAGAGAGAAAACAGUGCAACUGUCAAUGGGAUGGAAAGUGGAGUCCCUCAGUCAGGUUUUAAGCGAGGAAAAUCAAAUAAAACAUGGACAGUAAAAAGACAGAGCUCUCGUGCCAAUAAUAAGGGUAGGAAUUCCACAAAGUCCUCCAUUCUGAAAUCACCUAGUCAAAGUCAUAAUGCUCCUUGUCAUUGUAAGGUGUGUGGCAUGUCUUUUCAUUACAUGGGUUCUUUAGUGAAUCAUGUGCAAACUCAUACAAUGGAUAAAGAACAUCCUUGUGGUGUGUGUGGAAAAUGCAUCGAAUCCACAGAAAGUAUGAAAGAUCACCUUCAAAUUCACAGUGCAGCUAAGUUUUCUUGUAAAGUUUGUAGUAAAUGUUUUACAAGGAAUAGUAAGCUGACAGUGCACAUGAGGACUCACACAGGAGAGAAACCACAUCACUGUCGUGAUUGUGGCCAAAGAUUCAGCACUGGGUCCCAUCUUAGAGUGCACAUGAGGACUCAUACAGGCGAGAAACCAUAUGUCUGUCCUGAUUGUGGCAUAGGCUUCUUUCAGAGUGAACAUCUGAAAGCACACAUUAGGAUCCACACAGGAGAGAAACCAUACCAUUGCCGUUUUUGUGACAAAUGUUUCAGGACUGGCACCAAUCUGACAGGUCACAUGAGGACUCACAGGGGAGAAAUCAUUUAGCUAUAUUCUGUCUGAGAAAAUAAUGUUGGUGGUCUGAACUUAGCAGAAGUUGGAUUUUGUCAUUGUUGGACAUUGUCAGUAUCUAAGAAGCGCUCAUUACUCAAAGAUUACAUUGUAUUCUUUAUGAGAAAAAAAGUCUAUAAAAACAUAAAUCCUCGCUAUAUCUGCAACUGUUAUACCCCUGAACAGGGGAAGUAUAGAAAUAAAUCACACGGAGAUGUA